UUGUCUUGAAUUUGAUUGUACCAAAAACAAAAUGCUUAAGCUUAAUCUAUCAUCUCCUCAUAUGAGCCUAACCAUAUCAAAAAACCAAAUUGAUAAACAUGUGGAGAACUCGUCAAAAUCACAAUCUUCCAUUGGCGUUUUUUCAAUUAUACACAAAUCCCUCAAAAUCAGCAUUAGGAAUGGGACCAUCGUGGUCUCCAUCUUCCUCUCAGUGUUUCUUUCAUACUGUCUGUUGGCAUAUUGUAUUAAUCUAGAAUUGUCGCCAUUGUUGAAAGAUUUAAUUUGGAGGUUGUCGCUUAUUGGAAAAUAUCACGAAAGCAAUGAAUUCAAUGAAUUCUUGCAAAGUGGGAUCUUAAACGAUGUCCGACGUUUUGUAGUCCUGCUGUUGGUAAAAUGGCUAUUUUCUUAUGUAAUCAUGCUAUUUUUCUUAAUGGCUACUAUUUCAUUGUCAUCUGAUGCCUACACAGGGAAAAAAGUGAGCGCAAAAGAUGUGUUUUCAAGGAUUAAACGAAGGUGGAAAAGUCCGGUGACUAUUAGCAUUUACAUGGCUCUAAUCUCUUUCUCCCUCAUUGAUCUCUUCUGGAUCACUAUUGUGCUAAUCAUUAUUAUUGUUCGUGGUCCUCUUUUAGUAGGUGUAUUAACUAUAGCAAUCAUUUUAGGAGUAUUUGGUUAUCUUUAUGUGCCGGUUAUUUGGAUGUUGAGCCUAGUGGUUUCGAUAGUAGAAGAUGAUUCAUGUGGUCUAAAGGCGAUUGACAGAGCCAGUGAGCUCAUGAAAGGCAAGAAGAUUACGGGUUGUGUUAUGGUUCUCCUAACUAGUUGUGUUAUCUUUGGAAUAACCUUCGUCAUUUUGAGGAUUUGUAAUCUCGCAACUCAGGCAUCGCUCGUUAUUCUUAUUUCCCGUGCCUUCAUAAGUUGCUUGCUGAACUAUCUCAUGUUUGUGACGUUCACUGUGUUUUACCAUGAAUGCAAAAACAUCGAUGAUGAGGCUGCAGCUGAAGGUGAUCUAGGUUCGUAUGCUCUUGUUGCUUCCACUGAACCCUGAUUAAGCAAAUAUCCUACUACUUAUUUUAAUGAACCAUAUGAAAUGAUGCAGUUUCUAAAGUAGUUUUAACUACUUAACGCGUAUUUGAUACUAUUGUACUUUUCUUCCACUUUUUUCUUUCUUUCCUUUGUUUUUCAUUUGCUUUAUAGGAAAUAAUUUGCUUCUAUUUUCUCCUGGUUUAAACAUCCCUUACCAGCUAAGCCAAUGCUUUAGGGCAUAUUGUACUGUUCUACUUGUAAUGGUGAAGUACGUAUCAUCAAAUAAUAUAUAUAUUGUCAUA